CACCCGACCUCGUCCCUCUGCGAUGAGACUCUGACUGAGAAGCCAACAGCCGAGAGACGUUUGACUGCAUGAAGAGGCCGAGUGACGGGACCCUGGUCCUCACAUAGACCCCUCCCACGACCCCCCCCCCCCUCGCUGCCUGGACAUGAGGUCGUUCCGGUCAUUUGCAAACGACGACCGCCAUGUCAUGGCAAAGCACGCCAGCAUCUAUCCGGCACCGGAGGAGUUGGAGGCCGUCCAGACGCUGGUGUCCACCGUGGAGGGAGCCCUCAAGAAGGUCUCUGAUUGGAUGGAUGACCUCAACAAAUCCUCAGGGAAGACCUCCACCAAUAACGUGGCUGGAGACAGCACAGUGGAGAAAGAUGCUUCAGAGAUGAAACCGGAUGGCACGUCGGUGCUGUGCGGGGUGACACGUGUCGGUCUGGUGGCUAAAGGCCUGCUGAUCAAAGGGGACAUGGACCUGGAACUGGUGCUGAUGUGUAGGGAGAAACCCACCAAACUGCUGCUGUACACUAUCAGCGCCAACCUCCCCCUGCAGAUCCAGACAAUGACGGAGGACAAAUACGAAGUGCAGUCGUGUGUCCCGGAGGCUGCCAUCCGGGUCUGCAGCACCAAAGACCCCCAACUCGAGCUGAAGAUCACCCUCUCCUCCCUAACCAUGAGGGAGGAACACAGCACCAUAGAAGAAGAGGAGGGCGAUCAGGACGGCAACAAGGAGAGGCAGGAGGACGAAGUGAAGCAGGAGGAGGAAGAUGUCCUGGACAGGGAGAAGUGCCAGGCUGCGCUGGCUUCGCUCCGACACGCCAAAUGGUUCCAGGCCAGAGUCACAGAUCUCAAGUCCUGCGUCAUCGUCUUGAGGAUUUUCAGAGACAUGUGCAACAGACUGCCUGCGUGGCAGCCUCUCAAAGGAUGGCCUCUGGAGCUGAUCUGUGAAAAGGCCAUAGCCACCUGUAACCGGCCGCUGGGUCCAGGUGAGGCCUUGCGUCGCGUCAUGGAGUGCAUCGCCUCAGGGAUUCUCCUGCCAGGAGGUCCAGGAGUUCAUGACCCCUGUGAGAGGGAACCCUCAGACGUCCUGUCUGACCUCAGCACCCAGCAGGCUGACGCCAUCACAGACAGCGCACAGUAUGCAUUGCGCCUCCUAGCCUUUGGACAGCUUUACAAGGUCUUGAAUAUGGAUCCUCUCCCCGCCAGCAAGCCCUCACCAAGGCUGUUAGAAGGCGGCUGUCAGAAGAGGCUUCGGGAGGACGUCGGGUCAGAUGACAGAGACUUCAUCAAAAGGAUGAAAGUCCUGGACUGGAGGAUGAUGGAUCCAAACCACCCCAUGAACGCUCUGAUGCGUCUAAAUCAGAUCCACCCAGGCCUUCAGUACCGCAUGCUGUCCCAGUCCGGCCCGGUGCACGCUCCAGUCUUCACUAUGUCUGUGGACAUCCAGGGAACCACCUACCAGGCGACCGGGAACUCUAAGAGAACCGCCAAGCUCCAAGUAGCCCUCAAGGCGCUGCAGGCUCUGGGCUACGUGCUCGGCAGCGAGGCCGACGUGGACUCGCUGAGCGCCGACGAGAAGUCAGAUGGCGAAGGCAAGAACGACAGGAUGUCCACCAGCUCCAGCUCCACCUCCAUCACCUCCUCCACAGACACACAGGAGUCCAGAGCUCCAGGUCCGAUUCUGACGGCGGGAGGGAAAAACCCAGUGAUGGAGCUGAAUGAGAAACGCCGGGGCCUCAAAUACGAGCUGAUAUCAGAGAGCGGCAGCAGCUACGACAAACGCUUCAUCAUAGAGGUGGAGGUGGACAAGCAGGUUUUUCGGGGGACGGGUCCCAAUAAGAAAGUAGCUAAAGCCAGCGCAGCACUAGCCGCCCUGAACAGCCUGUUCUCUGGCUCCAAAUCUACGAGCAACAAGAAGAAACGGCCCAACAACCCUCCUCUAAAGCGACCCAUAGCCUCGGUGCUGACCCUCCCGGCUCUCGCUGCCAGACCUCCACGAGUUCCCGUCAUCCCCAGAGCCCCAUACAUCAGCACCCCACCCACACAUGGAUACAUCCCCCCAGGUGUGUCUAUGACAAACCACCUAACACACCUCACACAGCAGCUCUGCAAUUUCACAUCAGGUUUUGGUGCUCCUUAUGGUUACAGCCCUGCAGGCGCCCUCCCUCCCUACGGCGGCCUGUACAUCGACAGUGCCUAUUACCAGCCGCAGACCAUAGCCACGCCUAUCAUCAUCCACUUGGGCCCCCAGGAUCUUUUCUGACCCCGCCGAUGUACCGAGACCAUACUCCGCAACAGCCUCGACCUCCUGUUUAAUCCCUCACCCUUAUUAAACCCUGUCAGCGCCUCUCAAUUACUGCGACACUGCUCCCCCAGGUUUCUCCUUCCGCACGAGACACAGCAGCAAUAUUGAAAGCAAUAUGGAGGAGAAAACACCUCGGGCAACAAUCUGUCAAGUCCAAGUCGGGUUUUAGUGAAGAAGAGGCCGCAGCUCAGACUUUGUUUGACCCAGCUCGUUCAGAGAAUGUCAAUAAAACACAAAGCAAUACUUCUUCUGCCUUCGGGAAUCUCAACGUGUUCCAAGCGACUUGACAUGAGUUGCUGGAUUCAAAACAGAUCACAACAAUGUCAAGUAUUCUAUGUAAAUACGAUAUUUACUAUCUGUAUAUAUGGCUGUAUGUGAGUUUUGAAUAUAUAUAUAUAUAUGAAAACAUGUUAAUAUGUUUGAAUAUGUAAAACCCAACAACGGGUAAGGAAACAUAUUUAUAAUAUAUCUCUCAAUGUAAAUAGUGACUGAAGUAGCUUUGUAUUUAAAACCCUCUCAGAUAUGCUAUCUAUAAAUAUUAAGAGUUAAAUACAUUUUACAAGCUGUCUAAUAACUGCUAACACUGUAUUGGUAUGUUAAUGGUAUAUAAUCCCUAUUUAAACAAGAUUACAUGUAGUAGACUAAGUAGUCAUUUUCCAUUUUGAACCACCAAGAUAAAUUUCACGCACAUUUGGACCUGGUUUUAAUCAUUUAUUCUCCUACUAUUCAGCUCUUAAGUUGGAGUUUGACAUCUGUUGUAAAUUCUGCUGCUGUGACACAUCUGGUGGGUUUUUGGUUUAAAUCGAUGGUUCCCAACCCAGGGGCAGGGGCCCCCACAAGAGGUCUCAGGACACAUCUUAGGGGAUCACAGGAUAUAAAGCAGAAUAUAAAUAUUUCUACACAUAAUUAUGUUUAUCUUUUACAGACUACUAAACCAGUGAUGAGGCAUCACAAAUAGAUUUUUCUUCGUUUUAAAGGUUCUCAAGACUAAAAUGUUGGGAACCACUGGUUUAAAUGGUUUCAGAUGAUCCACAAAGAAAAGGUGCAGGGUUUUUAGAAAGUUGUUAUUAACAAAUAUGAUAACUUUCAUCAUAUUUCUGGAAUAAAGCAUUUCACUGUAUACGUAAUUUUAUAUUUCAAUAAUAGUAAAUAUUAUAGAAAAUCAAUUGAGAAAUUGUGACAGUUAUGAAUGUCUGUCUUUGGCUAAUCUAAUUAUUUACCAGACAAGUGGAGGGAGUUCAUUAUGUGGGUGCAAAAGUCAAGUCUUGCUCAUUUGGCCACUAUUGUUUAACACACCCAGCGACAUUAAAAGGGAUGGACAUCUCUGUAUGGCACUAAAGAUGUUUAGCUUUUGCUUAAUUUGUUAGCAUUCAAGAACUACAGUACCCAUGGUGCUUUGAGAGUAUGGUCAUUACAAAUGUGAGACUCGGUUGAAUGCCAACAAGAUAAUCAUUUUAUCUUGGACAGAAAACCUCUGAAUCAUGUUUCAGCUAUAUAGAAACCCCCCAUAUAUAAAAAUACAUGGAGCAACAGAUGCUAGUGGAACAGAGCUUUUUAUAGGUUUGUGUAAUGAUUCAUUGUUUUCAGAAAAUUGUGGAACUUUUCCUCGAGAGAAUUCAUCAAAAUUAAUUUUAAUUGCCAAGAAACAGGUGAAAAGCAAUUUACAUGUUUACGUUAACGCCAAGUUACUGAAGAAAACUAGACACUGUUGGAAUAAAGGGAGCGCCAGUCCCAUUAGCACAUCACCGUACAACACAAAUUAUUUGAUUUGAAGCAAUGUUAAUGUUUUAAGAAGCGGUACCAGAUUAAAUGACAUGUUAAGAUGUUUUUGGUGCAUUAUUCCUCGCUGCAGCCUGACUGGAAAGCACAAGUGUCUAAAGCAAUAUUCAACUCAGGAACCUUCAAACCAUAAAAAACCACAGAAAUGCAAAAUUAAUCUGAUUAUGUGACACAAUCUGUCAACAAAGCUUCUCUGCUGUAGAUGACCCAGUGCUUCGACAGAAUGUGAAUGUCACUGUGGAUAUUUUAAAUAUUUUAAUGUAAUGUGCUGUACUCUUUAAGUGUUGAUGAAUGUUGCUGGUAGAAUGUAAACCCAAAUUUAACUUCUCCUGCAGAAGAUUACCAGGGCCAGAAAUCACUAAGGUCAAAAGGCCUCACUGAGGUUUAAGUGUAUAGUGUGCUUUUUUUGUUUUCUUUUAUGAUUUUAAGGUCUAAAUGUUGUCCACGAGCUUCUAGAUGUGGCUUAAAAAAUGUACAUGAGAGUAAUAACAAGGACUCUUUAAUUUCUUAAGUUGUAAAAACAGUCCUGGCCUCUGAAGUAUGGAAGUUCAUUCAUGACAAAACGUACAGCACUGAUUUGUGCCGUGAUUUAUCUCCAUGUAGAGCGCACAAAGAUAGAUGCUUUGAUGAGUUUUGUGCUGAGUUUAGAUACUUCUCAGCAGACAAAUAAGAUGAAUUUAAUGACAUGAAAGCACUAAAGAGGCAUCAACAGGACACCAAUGACGAAUGUGAUGGAGCAUGAUGGGAAGUAGCCUGACCGUUUGCAUGUGAGUGAUGUUUCCAAAACAGAAUAGAGGCAGGCGUUAUCAAUAAUACCUUCCAUCGCUAUGUCAUUUUAUAUCACAUUGAUCAUAAAUGUUCUGUAUAAUAAAUUCAAUUGAGAAUUGUUUCUAGAAAAAUUAACCAAAUGGGAAUGUUUUUAUCAAAUCCUGUAAAUUAGAUACCUGAUGAACUAAAGUAUUACCAGUGGUGGAAGAAGUACUCAGAUUUUAGAAUAGAAAGUAUUAGUAUCAAACUAUACUUAAAAUACCCAAAAUAAAAGUAUGUGUUCAUCAUUUAGUUAUUGCAACUGGAGCUUAUUUAAAUUACUUCAUAUACUGCUGGGUAGCUUGACCUAUAAUAAUACAUAAUUUUGUUAGUUGAUGUAUAUUUUGCAUUAAUAAUCUAAAUCCACAAUGUAACUUGUAACUAAAGCUGUCAAAUAAAUGUAGUGGAGUAGAAGUAUAAAGUAGCAUAAAAUGGAAAUACUAAAUGUACAUAGUUACAUUCCACCACUGGGCGUUCUUCAGAAAUCAUGUUAAUCCAAAAUUGCCAUUAAGCAGCUAGGCCGAAUCACCACUAUGUCAACCAGAGAUAUUAAAUAACCGCCUCGGAAAAAUAUCCAACAAUAGACAAAUAUUUUUAUUAUCACACGGUACUGUACGGUACAGGGGAGUUACCAUAAUUACCAUAGUUUCCAAUUUUUACGUACAGUUUAAGUUGUAAUCUGCAUUAUGUGGAUUUUACUGAACGCUCUGACAUAUCUGAUGCGGUGCUUAAUAACAUGGAAAUGCAUGAAAAGGCAAACUAUAUGGACGCCUCACAUCAGGUCCAUGUUCAGGGCAAUGAAGCCCAGAUUUUUGAAUAUAUUGGAUAUUAUUUUUCAACAUUUACCAAAUCUGCAAUUAGACAACCGUUUUAUUUGCCUGAUAAUAUGAACAUUUGCAUCUUGUAAACAUGGAAAUCCUAUCUGUACCAUCCAUCAUAUCAAUAUCACAUCUCCUCACCUUAACUGAGAGCAAAGGACACUACUGCUUCCUUAAAUCCAAAGACACAACUCAUCUGGCAGUUUGAUUACAUUCACCCUGUCGUCACUCUUUCUCCAAACCUAUUCUGUCUUUAAAUCUGCUAUUAAACUUUUCAGCUUCUUAACUGCUGUUUUGGUCUCGCUCAGUAGUUUUGUCUUUUCUGAACUUCCAUACUAAUAGUUCUGUACAGCUCCAGCAGUUUUCUGAUUUGUAUGGCUUUAAGUUUGGUUCUGGCAACAUAACCAGGAUUCUUGUCUUCAUUGGGUGAAAUCAGAAAUAAUUUUCUGAUUUGCCGUGCAAAAAUGUGCAAGAGUGUGCAAAAUAGAAUAGAAGAGGCAUAAAAAACAUUGAGAAAUGUGUGUGUGAUGUUUGUUUCUAACCUUGUCUUCAUCAGAGCGAGUGUUCCUCCUGUCACACUCGGCUGCUGCAAAGCUAAUUACAUCUGAGCGAACAAAAAGAGUGAAAGUAACGCCUGAUUACACACUGCGAGAAUAAAAUAACAGCCCAAACCACGACCACGAAAACCAGCUGUUUCUAUGAAAAGCUGUUGCACUUAAUGAGAAACAAAUGUGUAGGAAGACUAACUGCAGGAAGCUUAUUUGGUCUCCAGUAUCCCACUGAUGUUCCCCGAAUCUCACCUACAUGACACGUACAGCGGUUUGAACAUUACAACACAGGAGACUAAAAACACACUUGACACAUUUUAAUUUUCCACUGGAUCAAAAUCAGUACCACUUAUUGUCCGGGUAACAUCCAGUUUAUUGUUCUUGCCAGUAGCAUCACACAGCAGAUCAAAAUAAAACACUCCAUCAGUCAAAGUGUUGAUGUUUUUUCCCUGUUGGUUCAUGACUGGAAUGUUUAUUUCUAUUAAAUAAACAGUGAUUUGUUUGGCCUGAA